GCGCCCUCUACCGCAUAUGAGCAGCCACUGCAGCAGACUUAACACAGCAGCCUAAUAACUAAUAGACUCCACAAAGAACCUGCAGACGGUUCUGCUUUCCUCUUAUCUCAUCCUUUACUGUCUCCAUACUCCCCGUGCUCUCUUCUCAUCUCCAUCCAUCCCGAUUGAGAUUCCAGACAUCGCCGCCAUUCCUCUUCUGUUUAUCCAUAUGUUAUACACAUCAGCGGCACCGAAAGGAAGAGAGAAGAGGAAGUGGAAAAGAGGAAAGGGAAAUAGCGGUGUUUUCUUUUUAUAGCCGACCGUAUAUACGUGUGACCUGGCCUGAGAUAUCUGUGAAAUCACAUUCUACAUAUUGAUCACUUAUAUUGAUCAAAUCAAAUGAUACAUUCGAGCCAUUUUGUAUUUAUAAAUCACAUUUAUUGUUCACUAUAGGCGGUGUGCAGUCAUGUAGACACUUGGGAACUAAGUAUCACUUUAGAAUCAGCAAAACGUGCACUUUUAAAACUUUUUAAAACUCUAGUGACGGGAAGGAUCUGAUAUUCAUUGGGGUUGAGAAACGAAGGAGUUCAUGAAGAUGGAUGAGGUAUUGGAGAAAUUUCUGGAAGACCAGAAGAUGAAGAUCGCAGAAGAGAAAGCCUGUCUGGAACAGGAUCCCCCAUACAUGGAGAUCAGGAGACGUAAAGACCAUGGUUUGCAGAAAGAGAACAUCCGUCCAAUCACGAGUCAGCAAGAUGGAGUGAGUCUGCCGCUGGGAGAGGAAUAUGAAAGAAAGAAACACAGGCUACAGGAAGAGCUCAGGAAAGAUUACAGGAAGUACAUGGUGGAGAGAGAUCACUGGUGUGCUGGUGACAUUCACACGGUUCCAGAGAGAAGAAGAUUAUCCAAGACUGUCCGAAUGAGGGAUGUGGCUACCCUGACAGAGGUUUGCGGGCUGGGAUGGGGCGUGUGCAGUUCUGAGGAAGACUGCAGUGAUGAAGAACUCAUACUUUUACAAGGGAGGCGACUUCAGAGAGAUAGAGACACCAGAACAGUAAACAGAAGAAGAGGAGAAUGUUACACAGAAACAAAUCAUCACACAAGUAAACUACAGUACAGAAACAGGAUGUCAGCAUCUAUUGCAGCUCAAGCCAAUGAAAGAUCUGACUCUAUGGCCAGUCAGGACACCGUGUAUACCACAGGUCUUCUAAUAGGUACAGCGGAUCGGGAAAUCUCACAGCAGAGAAGAAAGGAGCAUUAUAGACAUGAACUACAGGAGCAAAUCAUGGAGAAACAGAAGCACAAGAGGAGGGAGAAGGAACUGGACCUCAAGAUUUCAGUCACUGGAGUGAUGGAUUCAGAGAAGCAGCUCUUUGGAAGCGAGACGCCUGGCUGCAGGAGGGUUGGUGAGAUGGACAAAAUGCAUCCGAGAGAUGAAAUAAUUCGCCUGGACACCGCUGAGUCCCCUGAAGGUCUACUAAAGUACAGGACAGAUCCACUGUCUCCGUGCAGAGCGACUUUUGUCCCUUCUCACCUGCCGGCCCUUGCAGAAUCCUACAGGAGUCCAAACAAUGAUGCUGAAAAUUCACUGAGUCCCAGCACAGCCUAUGGGCCAAUAGCAGGAGUUUCUCUUCCAACAUCAUCAAGAGAGACACACCUACUCAGUCCUCACAAUGAGCCCAGGAGAAGCUCUUGCAGAACGAGGUUUCUAGGGGAGCAUGAAGGUGUGGCUUCAGGUCUGCCCGUGUUUUCUAUGCAUCAGCCUAAGACAGACAGACACAGCUAUAAAGUGGAGCUCCAAAAGCAGAUAGAGGAGCGGGCUGCAAGAAAGAAGGCAGAGAAAGAAGAGAGGCGGAGACUGGAGGCAGAGAUGGAAGCCGAUAUGAGAGCAUAUGAACCCUGGGGAAGGGGCGGGGGCGGAGCUCCACUUAGAGACAGCACCGGAAAUCUGAUCACUGAUCUAAAGCAGAUGCACCUUUUAAAUGCAACAGGAGCUGUACAAAGACAGGAGAGGCCAGGUUUUGCCCAGCCACACUCGCCAGAGUUCACGAGAAGGAGUGUGUCCACCAAUCAGCUGCCGUCACCCCAACAGCUGGAGCAAGACCAAUACAAAGCUUACCUGAGACAUCAGGUGGAGGAGAAGCGCAGGAAGCAGACGGAGGAACGAGAGCAGCAGAGAGCAGAGGAGGAGAAGGAGGACAGAAGAUUGGCAGAACAGAGAGUGAAAAUCAGAAGAGAAUAUGAAGAAGAACAGGAGGGCAGGAGGCGGAGAGAGAUGGAGCAAAAGCUGAAAAAUGAAGAACUCGCCCAUCUGGCAGAAGAACGACGAAAGGAAGCGGAGAAAAAGAAGAAAGAAGCAGAAGAAAAAGAAAGAGCCGCUCUUAAAAAACAAGAGGAGCAAGAGAGACGACUACAGUGGCAGCAGGUUGAGCGCCAGUCAUCCCCUCCCAUCCCCACGCUACAGAAUAAACACCGCAACGCAUCACAGGCUACGGAUUUUUCUCUCUCUCAGGCUCCUCCAUCUUCAGACAACAGAAACCACCUGAAAGCAGAGAGGGACAGAAAUGAGGUGGUUAAAGAGCUGUGUGUGUUAAGCAGACAUCUGCGCAGUGAGCAGCGGCGACUGGAGGAACAGCUCCUGCAGACAGAUUGGGACCAUUUACCCUCUCCCUUUACUGACAGAUGCCGAGCGGAUGUGUUUGACAUGGCUCGCUUGCGUAUGCCUGUCCGAAGCCCAUCGUCUCGUGGCAUUGAGCCAGUCGGCUUCAAGGAAAAUGAUGACAUCAUGUACAGAGACGUCCUUACGCCUCUUUCUAGAACACAGCAGUCUAGGUACAGAGACGUUGAGGGCGGGCGAGGAUCUGUGCUUCUGUCAGAGAGUGAAUUUAUUGAUCACAACGGAGGUGCGUUCCCGGUUCCUCCUGAUGUUGAGAGGAAAUCCACUCGACUCUCAGCGCGGGAACGACGCAGAUUAGCCAACCUUCAGUCGGCUACAGAAAGGCAGCAGCAGUCAUUAAACAUGAGGAAACUGCGAGACACAAACACGCAAAAAAUGAAGCCACUACAGUACUUAAGACAUCACAACAUCACAUCAGGUUGCUGCUCUGACGAGGAAAAGGAUGAAGCUGGUCAAUGUGAUAAACGUUUCGACCUACAGUGUCCUGGAAGACCCAGCUCCAUAGAUACACUUACAGAGCGUUGGGUUCGAGCCGAAUCCUCAGAUACGCUCAGGAGACUGAUGUCAGGCUCUGAACUUUGAGACA